CCCAACCGCACACCGCCGCUGUAGCCUCCCGACACAAUCAAUUGUCAAGCCCACUGUGUUGGUGAGUCGUGAUGUUUUGCCGCUGCACCAUCUUCGAUCUGUACGGAUCAAGGGCCAACGGCAACGCCUUUAAAAUUAACACGAGUAAUUCAGGAAAAAUCUGGACCUUGUCCGCCCGUUUACAAUUAGGCAGAACAGGAUGCCAAAGCGGCCGCGGAAACGUGAGCAUGGCGGCGGCCGUGAGCGACUUUACCUUGUCUUUGAUGACUGGUGCCAUGGAUAUAGCAUCCGCAAGGUAAACUUGUUGCCCGGCGAGAACCAUCAGCGGACUGCUUUCUCAGACCAAGACGACCAAGACAAGGUGCCACAUUUUCCUCGGCCUUUCUUCCGCAUGGUGGCGCCUCGUGAAUCUCCUAAGUACUUCACAUCAGCCUUUGGCACCAGGAUCUUGGCCAUGCAUCCGAGAGAUCCCGAGGGUGACUUGUUGGAAGGUUACUUCCCCAUGUUGGACGUCCGCUCGCGGUGCGUCACCACUGGCCCUGGGCAGAGAGAUCUUUUUUAUCCCAUCUACCACCUCCCGGUCGGCAACAAGCUAUUCACUAUGAGCUUUUACUCCUUCGAGAUGCUCUGCUUGGAGUCCUUCGAGAUGCUCUGCUUGGAGGAGCUCUCAGCCAAGGUAUCGCAUCGGGAUUCCAGCAAAGAGUGGUCGUGGAAAGAGCUCGAGCAGCAGCCAUUUAAUGUUUGUGACGUCACUUCCUACUCCUUGCACCCUGAAGAACGGACCUUCCUCAUCAGCACCAAGGAGGACACCACCGAGGCCACCUAUAGUUUUGACACGGAGAGGCAUUCAUGGAAACUACUUGGCAAUUGGGUUCUGCCCUUUGACGGCCAGGGUCACUUUGACCAGCACCUCAAGGCCUUUGUCGGGCUCUCCAAAGAACCGGACACCCUCGGCCAAAUUUACUGCUGCGACGUGCCCAUCUAUGGUACCCCUGAAGGGCGGUGCCCUGUCCCUUCGAUGAAUCUCUGCAAGGAGAAUCUGUUCAUUUCUGGUGACCCAAUGGAUAAGCAUGUAGGUGCUACCCUUGUCUAUAUGGGAGGCGUGAGCAAAUUCUGUCUCGUGCAGUGUGUCAACAAGGAGGUGAGGGUUCCUGGUUUGAGCCUACCUGGUUCCUGGAUGUAUCGUCUCACAACAUUCUCUCUCAGCCUGGACGAUCAGCGUAAAGAACUGACGACUGGCGAUACCUGUCACUCGCAGUACUACAAAGUGCCCAAAGCAACCACCAAGUCGUUACUCGUUCAAGAUCCUGUGGCAUUUUGGAUGUAGAAUGCUGAAAGUACUGUCAUGAUAAUCAGUUCCUAUUUAUUUUCACUCAGUUACAACCCUGUUGCCUUCUACAGUACUAUGUUUUAAUAAUGUCUGCACUCCUGUGAUUCAGUCA